AUCAACCGAUGUGUCCCGCCAUGUGUGGGAUACCUGGACAUAGCCAGGGACUGAGGUCGGAGACUUGGUGGGGCAAUAAUAAGGGCAUCAGACUAACCACAAAUACGUUGCAUGUGUCAGGAACUGAGUAUAGCGGAAAUUACAAACCGGAUGUAGAGAGGACGUUGUGGAUGAAUAUUGUGAGUGAGUGUGAGAGAAACAGAGAUGUGACAAAAUUUAUUAUUAAUAUUUUCUUAAAAUUCAACUUUUUGUGAUUUGUUGUGAACACGUUCUAAGGGAGACAUAGAAAUUCACAACACGUGGCGCCUCAACGAACGGGAUAUUUGUGAUUUUGUGAUGUUUUAGCGUGUGUAAAAGUCGUAAACAAAGUGUGUUUAUAAAAGCGAUCGAAUAAGGGAGAAACCGCGGAGAUUACACAAAAAACCAAAACUAAUUCAGCUUGGAAGAGCUAGAGAUAAAUCAAAUAACGUUUUAAAAGAAGGUAAGGAUCGAACAUGUAAUCGAAGACAUAUCGAAACUUUAAAAGAAUCGCUAAAUGAAGCUAGUGAACAAAUGGCAUAGAAGUGUUGAAGCCGAGAAAUUUACAUCGAAAGAAGAAGUGAGCAAGAUCGAUCAAUGGAACAACGAAAUAGAAAAGCAUAUAGAAGAAGCAGACCAAACAAUAUAAUAGGUCUUCUCGAACAGUGGUUAAACGAUACAGAAGUCAAACGUGAAGAUCAACAACGACAAGAGCGUAUGAAUUUGGAGCUUAAACUUGAAGAAGCAAACAUUUAUAAAUUGAAAGCAGAACACAAGAAAGUGUAAGCACCAUCAAGUGACAUCACAAACAUAUUCACCUGAGUACAUAACAUCAGAGUAACAUCACAUCAUCCGAGUUACAUCACGAACAUCAUAUUCACCUGAGUACAUAACAUCAACACAGCUAAAAAUCAUGAUUACUAGAUUGCAUUGAUAUCGAAGGAACUAGACUCAGUUCCGAAAUAUCACAUAUUCGAAGAAGUAUAAUAGGGCCAUAGCCAUUUUGAAAGACAAAUUUAAUUUGGCAAAGAUAGUGAGUUCGUCAAAGCAUAUAUGAAGGAAAUAUUCGAUCUUCCUUAUACCCCGUCAUCAAACCCAAACAGGAUUCUCGAAUUUUAUGAAAAGCUAGCAUACUGUGUCCAGUCAUUGGAAACCCUCAAAAAGCUGGAUGCUGUAAAUUGGACCGUUUCUAUGACACUUGAAAAGUUAUAUACCAAACAUUCGGGGGAUUUGGUUCGCAAUGAUUCCAAGUGGGAAGUGUGGAAAUACGUUUAACUUACUGAGGCCCUCAGACUGUGGACACGACGUAAUCCAGUUGAAGCCAAGCAAGAUGAUCGAAACAAGAGAGAGCGGCGAAACCAGUACAAUUUCCACACACAGCGAGGGAAACCAAGCAAAAACGAGUUGUGUAUAUUGCAACACAGAGAGUCACCGAUCAUCCGAAUGUGAUUCAAUCUUGACAUUAUUAGACGAAAGAAAGAAAUUGUUGGCAGCGAGGAAAGCUAAGAAACUGUGUUCCAACUGUACAGGGUCUUCCCAUAGGGCAUCAGAGUGUAGAAGUACAUCAACUUGCAGGCAUUGUAACAAAAGGCAUCAUGGUCAGAAGCAGUGAUGACUGACAGAAAACAAGAAGACCAGGAGGUUAUAUUUAUUUGUUUAUUUUCUUUGCCAUCAUACUUAUACAUUCAUUGGCCGGGAAACCACAACAGCUAUUGCCAAUUACAGCGGCCCUUAUAGUUAUACAGAAACAAUUUACAAGAUAUACUAAACACCAGGGCCGCCGAGAGGGGGGGCAGGGGGGACAAAUUGCCCCGAGCCCCGAGGCUCUUCGGGCCCCAAGAAAUUUAAUGUCGGGCCCAAGUCAUUUUUUCGGGCGAAAUAUUUCUGUUUUCGGGCAGAAAUAUUUGUGUUUUGGGGGCAAAGUACCGAAAUUUGGUAUGGAAAAUUGCGGAAAAGUCCCACGAAAGCAACUACAACGUACUUGUCCGGAAAAAGUUUUUACCUGAAAAGAAAUUAUUGUCCGAAAAAUUUUUUUCCGGAAAAUUUUUUUGCAAUAGGGGCCCCUAAAAAAAAUUUUGCCCCAGGCCCCCGCCAAGCUCUCGGCGGCCCUGCUAAACACACACAAUAAACAAUACCUGAACAACAGUCAUUACAUUAUGUCUAAAAGCAGCAUGUCAAUAGAGAUUUCAUUAAACUUCGUACUUGUCGAAGUGGAGGAAAUUAAAACCCAUGCUCUUCUUGACACUGGAGCUGGUAGUUCCUAUGCCUCGACCAAGAUAAUCAAUGCUCUAAAGAAAAGACCCAAAGAAGUGAAGACAAAGAGAAUCGAAAUGAUGCCGCCGCAAUCGACAACUCGAAUUGACAUAUGUUCGGCAAACCUCAAGUCGCUGGACCACUAGCACUGGUAGCUCAACUAAUACAUUUUAUAUGUUUCGUCUACAUAGCCUUCUGCCGCCAUAUUCUACACAUCAAACCUCAACUGUAUCGCUACAAUAUGCAUUCUAUUUGCUCGUUAUUCCACUCUAUUUGUUCCUCAGUGCCAUGUUUUUGCUUCAAGCUGCUCCAUUUAUACUGUUCGGAGUACUUCGGAUUUUCGGAACACCAAUUGAAUCGAACCGAAGUAGGGGCAGCCAGAACAGUCAUGUGACCGUCAGAACAGUCGUGUGACCAUUAUUGGUUCGAUUUAAUUAGUGUUCCGAAAAUCCGGAGUACUCCAAACAGUAAAUGGAGCAGCCCCGAUUUUCGAGUAGGGGCAGCCAGAACAGAACACGUGAUACUGCCCAUUUUCGCGUCCAAUGCACACUGCAUAGAGUGUUAUUUUGAAGGAUUAACCGCUAUAUAUCGACAUAUACUUAUUACAUGCUAUUUGAAAGCCAGGAUUGGGCAAAAUCAACAAGUAUAAACGUUGCAAACGCAUACUUUGAUAUACAAAUAACCGCAAAUCAUUAUACGAUUUAUUAUGCGAAUAACUAUCGUUGGUAAUGCAUGGUUGCAAGCAUAUGUAAUAAACUAAACACCGUUCCAGAACACCGUAUGCACUCCAUUCCUUAUCGUUCCAGAACAGUGUUCCAAAAGUUCUAGAACAGUGAAUGGAGCAGCCUCCUUGUCCAUACUUUGUUACAUAUAAGGUAUGGUAUUCCAUAUAUGGUCAACGUAUACAAGUGGUAGUGAAACGUUUCUUUGAAUACCUAAAAUGCACAGGAAUUUGUAUUCAAUUUCAUGGAGAGGUCGCGUGACACUUACACCGAAUAUUGCAACAAAUUCACGCGCAAACAUGGAAAAGUGUUUAAAAUUACUACCGCGUGAGAGCUACAAUACAUUUGGUUUUGUGUUCCUUACUUUGUAUGUAGCAUUUGGCAUCGGUAUUACUGGGAUCGCGAGUCAUUUUGAUUCGAAAGCGACGUUACAGUGUGACCCAGACAAGACUCUCGCCAGCUACACACCAACAUGGUCAAACAUUGAAACGCACUGCUUUCUCAAAUACGAGCAAGAAUUUUACCCUUUCUCUUUACCUGUUUAUGUCCUGUUUGCGAUAAAUGUUGUACUUGUGAUCGCUUUCAGUAUUAUCUACGCUUAUUUGGUGAAACGUCGUGUGGAAAUUUAUAGAGAUCCUCCGAAUGCAACGACAAAUGACUCAAUUCAAAGCGAAAGUCAGCCACUGUUGCUUGUUUCAGAAGCUGCUUCAGAUCCUAUGGCGCACAAAAAUUCUGGUGGCUAUAUUGUUUUCAUACUAUAUAUAACGCAUUUGUUCCUUUGUCGUAUAAUACCUUUGGUAGGAUUUGCCACAGCUUUGCUCUUAACUUCAUCGAAUUUUCCAGUCCAAUUUCAAUGUUCUUGGCCAAUGAUAUCCACGAGUGCUUCCCACGCAAACUUUACACAACAACAAAGUACGAACUUCUCAACUGUGGAUUGUACUUAUCCUAUGGGCAGCCAAACUGAAGAAGUAGCUUCUACCUUCAUAACAGUAAAUUUUCUUUUCGGUGCAGUUGCAUUCACGGAGCUUGCCUAUCUGUUGUGGUCAACAUGGAAUGAUCGUAAUCUCUGUACUAACAUAGAAUUUUGUUGUGUUUAUCUUCUGAGAAAGCGUAAGAGUAUCAGAAAGUUAAUGGGAGAUAUCAGGGAGAAUAUAUCUGAUGACAUAUUUUGUUUGCAUGAUGACUUUGGUGAGCAAAGUUUGUCACGUCGAAAACUGGGAGAGAUCUAUGUUGAUGUCAUAAUUCAAGAGGGGAGGGAGGGUACCUGGACAGGAGGGUUUGGAAAUAGGCAUGAGACAUACGGAGCGCAUUUUGCAACACCAGUGAAUGUAACUAUACUUACGAGAACUGAAGAUUUGUUUCAACCCACACGUAUUGACAAAAACCUUCCUAGAACUAUUCUUGUUGUUGGCAGGCCAGGUAUUGGCAAAACUCUCCUGACAAAAAAAAAAUUUUAUCAGUGGCAACAGCAAGGAUCCAUAUUCUGGCAUGGUAAAAUAGUAAUUUUAAUUCGAUUUCGCAAUUUUAACAAGGGGGAAACAAGUCUUCGGGAAAUGUUGCGUCAAUCUGAUGGACUCAAUAUGUCAUCGGCUGAUUUUAAUUGUAUCUAUGAAUAUAUUUGUUUGAUUCCAAGAAAUGUCAUUCUUAUUUUUGACGGCUUGGACGAACUUAACGUUAAUGAUCGGUCUUUACCUGAAGGAAAGACUGUAAACGAUCACAAUGAAGUUGCUCAUAUGCUCCUGAUUUUUAAACAGCUAGUUAAAGGCGAACUAUUACCCGGAGUCAAAGUGUUAACCACGUCUCGACCCACGGCAGAGCAAGUCUAUAAAAAGCUAGAAUUUGAUCGAGAGGUUGAGAUCCUGGGUUUUCAUGAGGAGCAAAUUAAACAAUAUGUUGAAAUGUUUUGCUGUAAUGACCUGGACCAAAGUACAAAGGUAUGGAACUUUAUCGAAGAGUCACCAGAGCUGUUGAGCUUAUGUUACAUACCUGUUAAUUCCUAUAUAGUUUGCUUAACGUUAAGGGAAAGCAUUGCCAUUGGAACUGAUGAACCAGAAGAAGCCGAAGCUCACAAACAUGUGCCAAGAACAAUUACCGAGUUGUACAAAAGAGCUAUAAACAUUUUACUUUACCGCCAUCAUUUAAGACACAAGGACAAACAAAUUCCGAAAGACUAUAUUACCGCAAAGCUUCCUGCACAGUUUCAAAACGACUUGAACAAACUCAAAGAAAUUGCAAGAGACGGAAUGAUGAAAGAUCAAUUAAUAUUCGUGUUUAAAAAUGAUGAAUUUUUUGCUGAGCUUUCAGACUGUGGUCUGUUCAAUAAAUUGGAAGACAAACGGCAGAACAUCUUCUGCUUUCUUCACCUUACCAUUCAAGAGUUUUUCGCAGCUCUACAUGUGGUUGAUGAUAUCAACAAUGUUGAAUCAUUUUUAUGUGAGCACUUUCGUAAUCCCAAGUGGCACUUGGUGAUCCAGUCUGUUGCUGGGUUAAUUGGAGAUAAAAUUAAAGAAAUGAAGGAAGAAGGAAGGUAUGCUUCUUAUAAUCACUAUAUAUUAUAUGAAUUAAUUAAAAAUUUGUUUGCAUGCCGGCAUGCACUAGCCAGUUCGUUUCUUUUGUAUAUACCUAUAUAUAUAUAUAUAUAUAUAUAUAUAUAUAUAUAUAUAUAUAUAUAUAUAUAUAUAUAUAUAUAUAUAUAUAUAUAUUGUUAUAUAUAUAUAUAUAUAUAUAUAUAUAUAUAUAUAUAUAUAUAUAUAUAUAUAUAUAUAUAUAUAUAUAUAUAUAUAUAUAUCUAUACCAUUAUGGAAAUAAUACCCGUAGACCUUUUUAAAACGCAUCUUAAUUGUCAAACUAUUUUGUAAAGCCAUUUUAUUAUUAGUUCAUACAAACAUCCAUGAUCGCUUUUUUUUAUUUAUUUUUUUUAUUUAUAAACUUUACAAUCAACAAAACGAUUGAAGGUACAGACAACAGGACUGAGGAGUCCCAAAUUAAGUCAGUACCUACACAUUACAUUGACAUUGUAAAACAAUAGAGACAGGUUACAAACUUUCAUGGCCAAAAAUCACGGACAUAAUUUAUUCUACUUCCUUACUAACUUGCAUAUCACUUUGAAAUAUGGCUCGAACAGUAUAUAGUAGAUUGUACAACGCGAUGUUGUAAACGCACAAUCGGAGAAUAUGGUAGAUUCUUUGCAAUUUGCCGCAAUCGCUGGAUGCAAAAAGCCUGUCGAAGAAUUUAGUGUAAUAUUAGCAUGAUUUAAGUUACUGCCAUUCCUGCUUUUUCUAUAUUUGUACAGAGGUUAAUUUUAACUACAUUUGGCUAUUUAACUCCGUAUAAAAAUACCGCACUAGGAAUAAACUAAAAAGCAGGAAAACAGCAACUUAAACUAGGCCAAAAUUACAGUAGAUACAUCGUCAUCGACAAACUUUGAUUUAGCACCAGCGAUUUCGGCAAGUUGCAAACGAUCUACCAUAUUCUUAGAUUUUGCGAUUUACCUCAUCGCGUUGUACAAUCUAUAUCUGUUUGCAGUUAAGCCUGCUUUCCACUAGGCGGAAUUUUGCGCGCGGAGCGGAAUUUUUCUUUGUCUUUUCUAAUUAGUUCCACCCGAGAAAUCACAAGACAAAGAAAAAUUCCGCUCCGCGCGCAAAAUUCCGCCUAGUGGAAAACAGGCUUUAAGCCUGAUUUCCACUAGCUAGGCGGAAUUUUGCGCGCGCAGCGGAAAUUUUCUUUGUCUUUUCUAAUUAGUUCCACCUGAGAAAUCACAAGACAAAGAAAAAUUCCGCUCCGCGAGCAAAAACAGGCUUUAAAGCCAUAUUUCAAAGUGAUAUGUAAAUUUUUAUGGAAUUCGAAUAAAUUAUGUCUGGGAUUUCUGGCCAUGAACAAUUAAGCUACAAUACAAAAUUACAACACAGAAUCAAUGCGUUCCAAACCAUCCUUACACUUUCCACGUUAAUAUGAACUAGACAUGGACCGCCCAUAUAUUGCAAUCCUUUCUAAGUCAACUGCCUCAAAAUGAAGAGACCUGAACCUGAGACCUUCGGAAAUGAUUAAAAAGAUUUAUACAUAUAGAUGAGUCAACAUUGUGCAGCACAGACACAGACACAGUCACAGAAUACAGUAAACAUCCUAAUUAACAUGUAUAUGUGCUCCAAGCUGUCCCUGCAUUUUCCAAGAUAGGAUUCCAAGAAAUAGUAACUCCCCUUCCCCCUGGCACAAUGUUGGUUCAAACCAUGAUUAUUGGACCACAAACCAAAAUUGUAAACGGGGAGGGGGGAAAUUUGGGAAAUGUUUGAAAAGUCUACGAAUUAAUUUCCACUUAACUAUCCAUGUUGUUAGAAGUGACUAUUUCAUCAUGUUAUUACUUGGAAUUAUCAAAAAUAGUUUUACUCAUUCAAAAGAACUCUUAAAAUUAUAUAUCAAACUCUAUUACCGAUUUGUCAUCUUGCUUAGUUCUCGAAAUAUUUAGUUAGACCCACAGACCGAAAUUAAUGAGCUGUCCAGGGUGCAUGUUGGACUAAUUUUUGACCUCAUUAACCAGCACCUAAACCUUCGAACGAGCAUAUACUCUGGGUACGAGAUUGUAAGGGAGAUUAUAAUAAUUGUACGCAAUCUCGUUCCCCAAUCAUGCCCGUUCGCAGGUUAAGGGUGAGUUCUACGCAUGCUCAGCAAUUGUUGCAAAAUAUAAAUAAAGUAUUUAGAAUUUCUCGUCGAAAAUUUGAUACUUUUCACACUGAAAUCGGAUUGAAAACAACUAACAAAUUAUGAGGAAAUAUGUACGAAAGCUUCGGAUUGAUAGGGAUACAACUACCUGAAAAAUACAAGGAGAACUUCGACGUUUCGAGGGAAGGCCUUUCAACUUGUCACUUGUACUGUUAGUGUUUAUAUACAUCGUACUUCACCUUUACUGAUAAAUCUCCUCAAGAAUGAGUAUUAUAUAUUUCUAUGCUUUAAAAUUUACAUUUAACUCUCCUGUCAGAAUUUAUGGUAUACGUAGUGUUAAGUACGACAGUAUAAAGGGUCAAGUACUAUAUAUAUAUACAAACAUUAACAGCACAAGUCGAAGCGCCAUCGCUCGAAACGUCGAAGUUCUCCUUGUAUUUUUCAGGUAGUUGUAUCCCUAUCAAUCCGAAGCUUUCGCACAUAUUCCCUCCAGAAUUUCUAGUUGUUUUCAGUCGAUUUCAGUGUAAAAAAGUAGCAAAUUAUCGACGAGAAAUUCCAAAUAGUUUGUUUAUAUUUUGCAACAAUUGCCAAGCAUGCGUAGAACUCACGUUGGCCGUUCUGCCGUUAGCCAAUCACAGGCCUGAAUCAAUUCGAUUUCUCCAUAGCUAUGCCCACCCUUAACCUGCAAACGGGCAUGCUCGGGGAACGAGAUUGAAUUGUACGAGAUUAUAAUGACGCAGGGGGGGGGGCGAAGAUAUUUUACAUCAUGCAAUUUUGUUUGCGGUCGCUACAGCUCUUCUACUCCGAAUAAUUCUUCAUGGCCCACCCCAAGGUUAAUGUUUAUUUUGAUAGCCUGAUAGCCCCCUUCCUGCAUGCACGUAUCAUAUGUUGUACAUAAGGGAAUAGAAUAUGUGUAUAUCAUUAUAUCUGUAGUUAUAUGACGUCAUUACGAAAUGGUUCUUUAUAUAUACCUUCUUGUUAUAUCAGAUCAGAAGAGUUUAUGAACAAAGAAAAACUAACGAUGACACGCAUAUGUAAGAGGUACGUCAUGGUUAUUACACUGAGGACUAUUAAAUAUACAUACGCAUACGGCACUCCUCGCCCGUUUUACCAAAUAUUCACGGUUUCAACAGGAAGUAUUCCGAUAUUAGCCACCGCUGACGGCUGACCAAACUAUCUCGUACACAGCAAAAAGCUCCAUGUUGUUGAAAACAGGCUUGAACAACGUUUUGCUGCCCACAUUGUUCACAGUUGUCAACAAUAUUGAACAAUAUUAUUACACCCGAUUGGGGCUCAACAAUAUUGUUCGAUAUUUGUUGACAAGUGUGAACAACGUUGGCAGCAAAACAUUGUUCAAGCCUGUUUUCAACAACAUUGUUACAGGCUGGUGUUUUUUGCUGUGUACUCAGAAGGUGCUUUAUGUUCUAACACGUUGUGAACGGGUCAUAUAUAAAGCAUUUUAUAGCUAAGAUAGACGGAUUUAAGACUGGAAAUUAUGAAAUAUAUACUGAAUGUCAUAAACAUACUCGUUUAUAUUAAUUCAGCAUUGAACAAUACUAGUUCUGCAAGUGUUAUGUUAGUUGCGUUAUUGUACACUCCAUAAUAUGUUAAGAUGAAACACAACUAACAUAACACUUGCAGAACUAGUAUUGUUCGAUGCGAUAUAUAUUGUUCGAUGCGAUAUAUAUUGUUCGAUGCGAUAUAUACUCUCUAAGUAUGUAUGAACCUCAAAUGGCUAGAUAGAAAUAUAUCAAAGAGAAAUAUCACCUAAUUGUCCACAAAGAAGGAGGCUAUUGGACAAAAAAUCCGUAAUUCUAUCAAACUGCCGACGGAAAUACAAAUUCGUGCUUUGUAAUUUCAAGGAAACACCCCAAAAUAGUUAAGAGAUCAUUAACAGACAAUGGAACUUUAAUUAUCACCACGUGGUAGACUAUAAAAAACAGAAUAAUAAUUGAAUGCAAUAAGUCGUCUGCUUUUAUCGUUCCAUUUUAAGCCAAAAUGUAAUUAUAGUUGCAGAUUCAUGCAGUUACCUCUUUUCAAAACGUAACUAGUUAACGUUACAGCCAGGCGCGCACAUUAGGGGGAGGUUUAACUUGAAAAUCACAAAAGUCGGUCCCAGUGUUGAUUGAGACUGUAUCAGCUCUCUCUUGAGAGUUGUUUAAUCCACAAGCCACAAAUGUCUGGUGUAAACAAGAGCCUUUCUUCAUCCAAGUUCUUCAACUCAGUGCCGGAAAGUGCAGGAAAUGGCAUUUCCGAGCCUCAAUUUUGCAAAUUGUUCUGCGUGCCGUCUUGACUCGGCUGAAAAUCUUAGCUAUGUUCCUAACUUAGUCUCCCCCAAAUAAGACUCCCCCCCACCCCACCCCUCCCACACGAGCCAUUUGUUGAAUGUGCGCUCCUAGAAAAGUAACGAUUACUUGUAAUUUCGUUACUUGUAUGAUUGAAUCCUGCAUUUGGCUGAAUUCUGUUGUUUGCCGCAUUAAGUUCGUUAUUCUACCUAAUUUCAAGUAUUUUCCAUGCAUUACAAACAAAAAUAUAAUUUCUUUUCUAUGUGUUACAAAAAAUAUAAGCAACAAUUUAUAGGUAGUGAUUAUUUUGAUAAAAUAAUCAUGCGAUGCACAAACAUGCGUGAUAUCACUUUAAUAAUUGGAAAAAUUUCAGCUUUCUCAAAAUGUCUUUGCCUAGAUUCCAAGACUGGAUGCCAAAGUCAGAGGGAGGACGAAUAUGCUGCAAUGAAGAAUCUUUGCUUGUAAUAAAAUGUGUACACGAAAUGCAAGAAGUUCGUGUCAUGAAACGAAUUGCGUCAUUUACUUUUGAGGAUGAUGGUGGAAAACAUAAAGAGCUAUUGUUGGCUGAAUUAGAUAUUUCCCCGAUGGAAUGUACCGCUUUGUUCAAAUUUCUAGGUUACAUCAGGAACUUGAACAAGCUUGUGAUCACUCGUUGUAGAACAAAGCAUUUCGCUUUCCGUGAAUUGGCUAACUUCUUGUGUAAAGACAACGAUAUUACGGCUUUAGUCAUGCAUUACCUUGGCAUGACAGACCAGGAUGCUAAACAUAUCAUUGAUGCGCUUAGGAACAAAAAGUGUAAAGUGACUAAAUUAAACAUAGAUACUAAUAUAUUAACAGAUGAAAGUGUUAAAUACCUGAGUGGUGUUCUGAAGAGCGGCAACUGUAAACUUACUGAAUUACACAUAGGCCUCAACGAAUUAACAGAUGAAAGUGCUAAAUAUCUGAGUAAUGCUCUGAAGAGUAACAAAUGCAAACUUACUGAAUUAGACAUGAGUAGAAAUAACGUAACAGAUCAAGGUGCUAAAUAUUUAAGUGAUGCCCUAAAGAGUGACAAAUGCAAACUUACUAAAUUAAACAUAAGAAACAACAAAUUAACACAUAAAGGUGAUAAAUAUUUAACAGAUGUUAAGAAUAACAACGGCGAACAUACUGAAUUAAACAUAACAUCAUCAUGGAAUACGUUAACAGCUCAUGCUACAUAUUUAAGUGAUGAUCUGGACAGUCCACACUAUCAAAGUACUAGCUGCUGAAUUAAACAUAAGAUAUCAUAGUAUUAACAAAUGUAGGUGCUAUAUACCGGUAGAUUAAUAUAAAUAAAAAAACAUAUGACGAUAUUUACAAUUAUUAAUUAUUGUUUGUU